AGGCAAUAUGAUUACAUGCCAGCAACAGUAAUUUUCAGUGGUCAUUUAAUACAGUGGGCUACAGGUAGUAAUUGAACACAUUUUUUUGAGAAUAAGUAAUGAAAGUAAUUUAUUUUCUUGUGAUUUUUAUUUUAGCAACUUCCUGUCGAACAUAAAAGGUUCCUGUGAUGUCAGGACAAUUAAAGGUAACAUAUCAAACAACUGCUUCUUAAAAUCACAGCUGCGACCAAGUUGUUUUGUUCAUUCUGAUGUCAUUUCAUUUUAAGGAAACUUCAUUUUUAUCAGUGCAUCCCUGCCAACUCUCUCAUUUCAGGAGCAAAUUACUUUCCUGCAGAUAAGAAACUUUGCAACUACAUAUUACUGGUAUUUACCAAGCAGGAGGUUGAUGUGGAAAAAAAAUUUUUAAGAGAGUGAAAUAAAUUCACAUCUGUUUAAAAUUAAGAGUCCACAUGUAUGACUGUAGUAAGUUUUAUUUUCGGAUGAUCAAAUCUGAGGAAAAAUAUGUUCUAGGUCUCAUGUUUCACACUUUUUUUAGAUAUAAAAUGAUCAUACAAGUUGGUUAGAAUUGGAUGAUUUAAAGUUUGCUAUGUUGUGCAAAACCAAACUGUGAACAUUUGACAAGGAAAUACUUGUGCGUAACAUUUUUUUGUGUGAUAUCAAACAGUUACAGAUGCAGGUCACUUCUUAGGGUAUGAGAUUAGACAGUUGUAUCACACUAAUCCCAGUAUCCACAACAAUUGUUCUUUACUGUCUCACAGAAAUUUUUUACAACUUUUGCUCAUAAGUUUACUGAGUUUGUGAUGUUGCCAAAUGAAUUGAAAAUUAUAAAGUGUCUUUCAAAAGUAAAAUAAUUCAUAAAUGAGUUUUUUUAUAUUCAUAUACUGUAAAUUGUAUUUUCCUAAAUCACAAAAAUCUUGUGCUCACAGAACAAUGCUGGGGAGAGAAAACUGAGAGUAACCCUUUUGAGUGCGGAAUGGAAAACUUCAAGCAAUGGAGACUUGACAACCAUCAACCGAGAGCUAGCAAUACAGAUGGCUAAACAUCCUAAUGUGGAAGUCAGUGUUUUCUUACCUCAGUGUAGUGAAGAGGACAAGAAAGAUGCUGAUAGUUACAAUGUUAAACUCAUUGAAGCAGCUAAACUGGGUGGUUUUGAACCAGUUGAUUGGCUAGUCUCUGUACCUGAGGGCCAUGCUAUGGAUUGUGUUAUAGGGCAUGGAGUAGCUCUUGGUCGGCAAAUUCAACUCAUAAAGAGAAAUCCAAAUUACAGUCAUUGCAAAUGGAUUCAAGUUGUCCAUACUGCCCCUGAAGAAAUUGGCAUGUUCAAAAACAUGUCUAAAUGUCAACGAGAGCAGCAAACAGAAAUAGAAUUAUGUGAAAUGGCAGAUCAAGUUGUAACAAUUGGCCCCAAGCUAACUGAUGUAUAUAAGCGCCAACUCAGAAAACAAGAUGUUUUUAACCUGACGCCAGGCGUUUUCACAGAAUUUUCAGAUGUGCAGCAAGCAAGUGACAUAGGAAGAAUAUUUUGUGUCUUGGUAAUUGAGAGAGGUGAUAGUGAUGAUUUUGAUGUCAAAGGGUAUGACAUUGCAGUGAAAGCUAUUGCUGACCUAAAGGAUAAAUCUUACCAACUCAAGUUUGCUUCCAAAAAGAGAGGAAUGGAAAAAAAAAUGUUAGUAGACAUGUUUCUUCGUUGUGGCAUUGAUCGAAAUCAGCUACGUAUCAACAGUUUAGAUGAAGACAGGGAAGCAUUAGCAAAGUUAUUCUCUGUGGUGGAUAUUGCCAUAUUGCCCUCAAAAACUGAGGGAUUCGGGUUGAGCGCUCUUCAGGCCAUAUCCGCUGGUCUUCCAGUACUUGUCAGUGGUAACUCAGGAAUUGCAGAAGCCUUAAAGGAGGUGUCUAAUGGGUCACAGUGUAUAGUGGAUUCAGAGGAUCCUGCAGUCUGGGCCAGAGCAAUAAAGGCUGUGCAUAAAAAAACAAGGAAUGUACGACUUGAAGAGGCUAAGAGUCUUCGUGAAAACUAUUUGCAGAAGUUCAGCUGGGAGAAGUCUUGUGAUGUCCUUGUUGAAAAGAUGUACAAUCUUGCAUUUGGUAAGUUUUCUCAUCUUGCAUCAGGGAUGCAGAAGAUUUAAUCAAAUUUGAAAUAAUGACAAAGCUCACCUGUUGUAUGUUAAAUAUUCAAUUUACCAGUUAGCAGUUGUUUCUAAAUGCUAUAGGGACAGUAUAGUCUUAAGGAAUGUGACAAAUUUACAAUUAAGAAAACUGGUAAUCCAAGGCUACAAGUUGGUAAUGGCCAAUUCACAGUAACUGUUAUUAAUAAUAGUGCUGACCAAAAAUUGUCAUUUGUGACAAGUUGAUACAAGACUACCACAUUUAGAUGCAUUCCAAUCUUUACUUCAGGAAACAAGCAAACUUGGAAUUCAGAACAUGAGAAUGGAGGGGCAUGUUCAUCCAGUGGUAAGAGCCACAGAGAAUUAGAACUAACUGAUCAUGUUGUUCAGUAAUGUAAUGUCUUUGCAAAUUUUGUGGAAAAUCAAUGUUCAUAUUAUUUUGAUAUUUAGUCAUUACCUAUAAUGUAGGAUUCAGUUGCCCAUAAUCAGGGUGACUUCACCAAACCUUUAUCAAAGUCAUUUUCCAAAAAUCUGAAAUCAUCAGGCUUCUUAUGUUUUUCUCCAGAUCCUGGGUUCAUUUCAUUGCAGCUCUAAAAUUAAGUUAACAAAAUAAGAAAUGGAUGAUCAUUCUAGAAAUUCGAGUUCUAAGACAGUCAGAGAGCCAUAUUUUCCUUUACUACUAGCGAAAAUGAAACAUGAAUUGAUAUGCCUGUACGUCCUCACAGAAUAUGUCAUGUUGAUGGCAUUCUCCUAAACUUUUGGAUAUAUUGGUGAAAGGGAAAUUUAAAAACUUGCAUUAAUCUAUUAUAGAAAGUUUUUGUAAACAGUAAUAACAUUUAUGUGAUAAAUGUUGGAAGAAUUAUCUCAGUACUAUAAAAAAAUACGUCAAAUUCUCGAAAAAAAAUACCUCACCUCGCUUCCACAGCGUAUUGCUUGUUAUCUGACCGCUUAAAAAGCCCUUUUCUUAUGUACGUUGAAAACCUCGAAAUGAACAACUCGCUCAAAUGGGCUCUUUUCAUCAAAGUAAGCGGUCAGAUAACAAGCAAUACGCUGUGGAAGCGAGGUGAGGUAUUUUUUUUUGAGAAUUUGACGUAUUUUUUUAUUCCUUAGAGCGCUCGUAAAUAUUCCUAUACAAACUCUUAUAAUUCCGCCAUAACCGUUAUUGCGUUAGAUGAUCAUCUCACAGCUGGAGCUUGGGCCGCCUGUGGUGUGACAACAACACUGUGGAGGGUUGUGUCCUCGUGUACCGGUACACAAAGGAAGGAAACAUUAACGAACUGCGUCAUAACUCCAUGUAUGGUUAUGAAAACAAAAGGAAUUCCCUCGUGUACCGGUACACCAGGACAGCCCCCUGUGGAGACUCAUCGUGUCAAUCGGUCAGAUUUUAAAAAAAAAACUUGGCUUUCUCAACAAGAGCUUUAGUAAAGAAAAACAAAUCUUUUUAUUUCCAACAAAGUUUAUAAGGAUCUCAAGGCAAAUAAAGCAAGGUGAACAUCGCCAAUUACCAAAAAAGCUUUAGACGCGAAUGAGUUGGUGUGUGAAAUAUGAGAAUGGUGAAAAGACGGCGGCCCAAUUAUUGAAAUCGAUGUCGAGAUUAAACGGACCGUCCAGAGCAGAAUAAUUGCAUGAUAUGCAUAGCUUUCACAUGUUCACUUGAUUUCUAUAAUUUAUUAAAUCUUAUCGUAAAUCAAACGUUCUCGAUCAUGAAUAAAUCAUCAUUUAAAGUUAAAAAAUAUGUCGUUCCGCCUGGUUGUUAUGGUUGUCACACAACAACUCGUUCGCGCCUGAAGCUUUUUUGGUCAUUGGCGAUAUUCACCUUGCUUAAUUCGCCUUGAAAUCCCUAUAAUCUUUUGGUAAAUAAGAGGAAUUUUUUUUUUACUAAAGAUCUUGUCUUGAAAGUCAAGUUUUUUUUUUAAAAAUCUGACCGAGUGACAUGAUAAGUCUUUACAGUGUUGUUGUCACACAAUAACUCGUUCGCGACUAAAGCUUUUUUGGUUAAUGGCGAUGUUUACCUUGCUUUAUUCGCCUUGAGAUCCUUAUAAACUUUGUCGAAAAUAAAAAGAAUUUUUUUUUUCUUAAGAUCUUACCGAGAAAGCCAAGUUUCUUCUUUAAAAAAUCUGACCGAUUGACAUAAUGAGUCUUUACAGUGUUGUUGUCACACAAUAACUCGUUCGCGUCUAAAGCUUCUUCGGUCAUUGGCGAUAUUUACCUUGCUUUCUUUGCCUUGAGAUCCUUAUAAACUUUGUCGGAAAUAAAGUAAUUGUUUUUUAUUUAAGAUCUUGUCUAGAAAGCCAAGUUUCUUUUUUAAAAAAUCUGACCGAUUGACAUGAUGAGUAUUUACAGUGUUGUUGUGACACAAUAACUCGUUCGCGUUUAAAGCUUUUUCGGUCAUUGUUGAUGUUUACCUUGCUUUCUUCGCCUUGAGAUCCUUAUAAACUUUGUUGGAAGAAAACAAAAUUGUUUUUCACUCAAUAUCUUUUAUUUUCCUAUAUGUCUAUCUUCUAAUAAGUUGUACUGGAUUGAAGACCAACUCGCCGACGUCCCUACUCGAUGUUACAUGUCGGCGAGUUGACAUUGGCGAGUUGAACCGUCGGCGACUUGACUGGAUACCAAUAUGAACGAUGUAUAUGUGAAUAUCAAAUAUAUGUUUUCAACAGCUUUUUUAGGUCUAUCUUGAAAUACAAGUUGGUAUGCCUAUUUCUAACUAUUUGUCAGUAGAAAUGCUAAUCUCUCUGUGUAUACCUUUGUUGUUAGACAUUAGGAGUUUCCAUGGCGAAAAAGAAGUAGAAGAGCUACUUAUGAAACUUCAGGGAAUGGAAGGUGAAUAAAAGAUGCUGUUAAAUUAACUUCAGUGGUAAAACUAAACUAAGAAUGCUUCUAAAUACAUCUAGUUCUGAUUCAAAAUAUUUUUUUGAGUGGAAAUUACACCCAAUUUAGUUUUGCCUCACCCUCUCCUUUGCUGUAAGGGAGGAUUAAGAUGGUAGAGGCUGGGGUUGGUGAAACAGUUUAUAUGAUAAACUAGAAAGUUUUUUUAAUGUUGAUCAUAAAUUAUGGCUCAAAUAACCGACAGUGAUGUAGUUUUGAUAGAUUUUGUACAUGGUAUACAGUCAGUUAUCUCAUGUUGGUUUGACCUGUUAUCAUGUUUUCAUGUCACUAACACUAUGAAUUGCUCUUUGUACUUUUCCCUUAGGUACCUCAUCCGCCCCUGUACUGUCAACUGCUGGUCACACAAAAGAAGUGGGAACAAGACACAGCAGUGUGAACUUUCUGAAAAAGAGAAGUGAGUGAAAAGAGACCCUGAAGGUCAGGAUUAGUGAAAACUAAAAAUUUGUAGGUAAUAAAUAGAAUGCUCUUAAAUUCUUAUAUCAGUUAUGUUAGUUGUUACUUUUCUAAGUACUGUCAACUCCUGGUACUGCAGACACCAUGGGGGGGGGAAGUUUAGUGUCUGUAACAAGGAAAGUCUAUAAUAAAGGGGUACAAUAGAAAUAAAAGAUUGUUUUGUUUGUAAACAUAUGAAGUAAUAUGUAACUACACAAACAUAAAGUUUCUAACAUGGCCUUACAAACUUGAAAAAGAUCCUGCAGCAAGCAGGAAAUUCUUAUGUUUGCACCUGAUUGGAGAAUGGUUUCUUCAUUUUCCUUUAUCAUAAAGUUGCUUUAUAUUGUAUGAGUCAGGAAUUUGGAUGAAGUAUUUAAGUGUCUGCUAUAGCAUGAGAGGAAAAACACUAAGUGAAACUUCAUCGCAAUAGCAAGAGUCCAUUACAAAGGGAGUUUAUUUCAGUCAUUUAUUUAUGCGUUUCCCUAGGGGCUGGCUUUUGUCUGCAGUGGACAUAGGCAGCUUAGUUAUGGUGGCUUACUUCCUGACGCCUAUUUACACCUCGUCAGAAAAUAAGGCAGCUCAUUAGUGAGCAUACAAAAGCACCUCUUGUUGCAGCGUUUAGAUCACCCCUGAAGAAGGCACUAGACAGAAGUGUUGAAAUGUUGGGUCUAUGAAUUGUAACUUCUCAGUUACAUUCAUUAUAUCUUUAAACCAGAAUAGUAUCAAACCAUGUCUGAUUGUCCACCUGGUUGCAAUGUGAAUGUUUAUAUAACUCAUGUUAACUUUUGAUGCGUGAUGCCUAAAACUCUUACUGAAAUGAAAAAUGUUGUUAAAUAUCUGAGAGCAACUCAUCACCUAUUUUGUGUCAGUUUGACCUGUUAUCAUGUUUUCAUGUCACUAACACUAUGAAUUGCUCUUUGUACUUUUCCCUUAGUUACAUUAUCCUGCCCUGUACUGUCAUUUGCUGAUCGCCAAAAAUUAAGGGAAUUAAGACACAGCAGUGUGAAAUUUCAGGAAAAGAAAAGUGAGUGAAAAGAGACCCUGAAGGUCAGGAUUAGUGAAAACUAAAAAUUUGUAGGUAAUAAAUAGAAUGUUCUUAAAUUCUUAUAUCAGUUAUAUUAGUUGUUACUUUUCUAAGUACUGUCAACUCCUGGUACUGCAGACACCAUGGGGGGGGAGAUUUAGUGUCUGUAACAAGGAAAGUCUAUAAUAAAGGGGUACAAUAGAAAUAAAAGAUUGUUUUGUUUGUAAACAUAUGAAGUAAUAUGUAACUACACAUUACAUAAAGUUUCUAACAUGGCCUCACAAACUUGGGAAAGAUCCUGCAGCAAGCAGGAAAUUCUUAUGUUUGCACCUGAUUGGAGAAUGGUUUCUUCAUUUUCCUUUAUCAUAAAGUCGCUUUACAUUGUAUGAGUCAGGAAUUUGGAUGAAGUAUUUAAGUGUCUGCUAUAGCAUGAGAGGAAAAACAUUAAGUGAAACUUCAUAACAAUAGCAAGGGUCCAUUACAAAGGGAGUUUAUUUCGGUCAUUUAUUUAUGCGUUUCCUCAGGGGCUGGCUGUUGUCUGCAGUGGACAUAAGCGGCUUACUUAUGGUGGCUUACUUCCUGACGCCUAUUAACACCUCGUCAGAAAAUAAGGCAGCUAAUUAGUGAGCGUAUAAAAGGAUCUCUUGUCGCAGCGUUUAGAUCACCCCUGAUGAAGGCACUAGACAGGAGUGUCGAAAUGUUGAGUCUAUGCAUUGUAGCUUCUCGGUUACAUUCAUUAAAUCUUUAAACCAGAAUAGCAUCAAACCAUGUCUGAUAUUAUUAUAAUUCAUGUUAACUUUUGAUGCAUGAUGCCUCAAAUUCUUACUGAAAUGAAAAAUGGGAUCAUGUAUCUUAUGGGGGGCCUCGACCGAUACAUCGGUCGAUACUCGAUCGAGUACAGGUCGAUAUAUCUGUCCAGUAUCGACCGAUGUAUCGACCGAUAGUCCACUUAAUGAUACUCAUGGUGUUGGUCGACAUAUCGACCGCGAUGCUGUCAGUGGUAUAUCGGUCAACUAUCGGUUAUAUAUCGGUCGACUGUCGGUCAAGUAUCGGUCGAUACUCGAUCGAUUAUCGGUCGAUACUCGAUCAAUAUCUUGUUAGCUUAAACGUCCAGUAAGGAACGUUAGUUAACAAAUAUCUGAAUGUUCAUUGGUAGCGUUUUGUCGCCAUCCAAUGCACCAUUCUCGGUAUAGUGCCAGUCUUAUUUGCUCUUUUAAGUUCUCGGUGGAGUAACGGCUGAGUAUCGACCAACAUAACAGACCACUCAAUAGCGAUUGUCUUUUAAAUCCUUUAGAAUUAAUUGAUGUACAUUUCACCAAUUUAAUUGAAGUAGGUGAAGUAUUGAGUUAGGUCAAAAAUUUUCUGAAGUAACUCGUAUUUUUGCCGGUACUUUAAUGUUUGCUUUUCAUAGAAAAUAAAACGUUUUCCACAACAACAAUAACAGCAAGCGUUAGGCAAAAGCUGAAGAGUUCCUUGAUGGUCAAAAUAAGGCUACAUAGGUUAUAAUGAGAAGAUAUUACAGAGGCGGAUCCAGGCGAGGGGUUGAGGGCGUUGCAACCCCCUCUUUGAACAGUAUGUUCUUGUUAUUUAUUCAACUCAUUCAUAAAAAUAAUAUGAUAAAAUUGUUUUAUACGUAGUUGGUUCACUUCCACCAAUCGACUGAUUGUCAAGUUAAGUUGUAGAGGGUAAAAUCCGGAUAAUUUUCCGGGGGGCAUGGCCCCGUAUCCGACAAUCCCCUUUCAAGAACUCUUGGAUCCUCCCCUGUAUUGUAUGAAACUGGCAUUUAAACCAUACAUAUUAGCGAUGUAAUUUUAAUAAAAUGUAAACCACUGUUUAUAAGAACCCCUCCCCCGCUUAUAACCCCUCCCCGGUUAUAGACCCACCUACUUGUAAGCAGAAAAAUUCAUUCGAUUACAACGCCCCUCCGGAUGUAAGCCUCUCUCUAGUUUUCCUUGUUUCCUAAAUAAUAAGCACUCUCGAAGAACACGGUACUACUCAGUUCAAACAGAAAGAUUCUAGAGGAAUCAGUUAUUAUACAUGAUUGCUGCAUCAGUUUUAAAGAAAACACUGCUAUCGAUGCAGGUCCUGUGUAAAAGAUAAAUUGUAAAAGGCUAGUAAAAAGUUACAUUAAAAGAAUUAUUCAAACAAUUGCAAGUUACACUAAAAUUAAGUUAUAUUACAUUAAAAGGAAUUCUAAAAAAUAAAUGAACCUUUUUAAAAAUAAAAAAAAAAGCGCGCUUGGUGCAUUCUAAGUUAACUUUUUCUAAAAUAAGGUCAUUACUAUUCCUAGUUUUACUUAUGUUAAGGAAGUUCGCGCCCAUUGUUUCCGCGCAUCCUCACUGAGCACGUAAUUCAUGUCACAACUUCUCACCACAUCAUACAUCAAGCGCGCGCUAAGAAAGGCGAUUUUGUGCGGUCUUCGCGUGCCCAAAAUUCAAACUCGAGCGCAAAUCACAAGCAAAUUUUGUCGCUGCCUUCUACUGGCAAAACAAACCGAAUUGGAUUGCCGCGGAAUUGCUGGCGAAUUUAAUCGCUGAUAUCUGGCAUGGCAGCCGUGUUUCAGACACUUCUUUCCUCUGCUUCAAAGACUGUUUUUUAUCCCUAUAUUCUAGUAAAAAAAAAACCGGACGAAGCGUGAAUCGCGCGUUUAGUUUUAAUGUAUAGUCAGGGUGGAUCCAGUUUUUUUUUCUAGGAGGGGGUGCACCACUAAGGAAUGGCGAAGCUGACUGGUGACUGGACGUAAACACCAGUUGUAUUAGAAAGCUGCGGGUCAUGUCAGCGAGGGGUGCGCACCCCCUGCACCCUCCCCCUAGAUCCGCCCCUGUACAGAUAUCCGAACGCUGGGCUCCGACCGGGUUGCCGACUAGGCCUGUUCAAAGGCUACUCCGCUAUCAUUUCUCUUUUCCCCUUGCCCUCUUAAGUCGGUUUAUAAGCUGAUGAGUUUUUUGCGGUAGACUUCUCUUUUUCGGUUGUAAUGUUCCCCUGUAAAUGUAAACAGUGUCACAUCACUGCGAAAACUUUCCCGGGAGCGGUCAAUACUUCUUUGUCGCAAGACUCGCUAGGGGGUUCUGAGUUGCGUUUCAUUGGUUCGCUGCAUGGCCGAGCUGACAACCGCUUCAGCGAGGUGCGUAAGCUGUGAAUUUUUUCCGAGGUCGAAAACUCGAGGUUUAUUUUUGCGUGCACGGUUUGUAGAUUUAUAGAAUUUUAAUUAAACUUGGCCAAAAUAUUCGUCAGAUAUUAGCGCACCAAAGUUUGCGAGGCUUUUACCGACGUCCCAGCGAGUAACAACAAUCAGAAAAUCUUCUAUUGCCCAAAUUCAAAAGGGAUUUUCUAAGCAACCGAUAGAAAUAUAGAAAAAGCCUGAGUGAUAUAGUUCAGUCUGCUCGGAUGUCUGCUAUAACGCGAAGGCUGGUAAUUCAGUUACGGAAAGUACGGUUAGCUUUGCGCUUUAAGGCUGGCGCAUGCCUACCAAAACAAAAAUGUUAAAAUGUAUUGAUAUUUUCGGAUUUUACAGUUUAUUAGCUUUACAAUGAUAUAUGUUACCGUGAUUUUCUUUAAAGUAACGCGCACAGAAUAUUUUCCCGGAUGCACCCUUGAAGGUCUCCAGUAAUCUUAAAACUAUGUGUAGGUUUAACUUAAAUGACUAUAGAAGGGGGCAGAUGAAAAAUAAGUAGUCUUUAGAUUGAAUACAGACAUAUGACUACUUCAAAAACGCUACUCGUCAAUCUUUGCAUUUCGUGUACCAACGGGAGUGGCAAUAUACCACAAGUUUACCAUCUUCUCUUUUUGUGGUGUUUAUGCGCUUUUAAACGACUAAGUGCAUGGUUACAUUUCUGUGUUAACGUUUAACCAAGGAUUGCGUCCACUGCGACCCUCAGUUGGUCCCAGACAAAACUUAAGGUUUAUUUUAUAUUCUGCAGAUGUAGUGGGCGAAAACCAGCGUGUGCAAACUGCCUUAAAGAAAAAUAAGGAUAGUGUGGCUCGACGUGAUAGCGAGAAUGAAGACCGCCAGAGUGAUGAUAGUGUCAAGAGGUCAAGGAACCUGCCUCAAAAAAGUCUAGAGGUAUGUAAAAGAAUCUGUUCUUGUGCGCAACUUUUGCAUAAUUGCUACAUGUGAGUUCGUUGUAUUUCCGAAGACAUUGUUAAAAAAGAGAUUGCGUAACGGUACCCGCGGGUGACAGUUUAAAAUCGUUAAAGUGUACGUACGGAAAGAUAAACAACAGGCAAAAGAGUGUUAAUUUUUCCGCUUUUCAUCGCGCGCAAAAUGGCAUGGCUUCACGUAAGAGUAGUGCGCUCAAAUAAAGGGCAUGCAUAUUGCUCCCGUCAGCGGUUUCAAAAACCUAUUUAAUUUAUAGGGGAGAAACACACUACGGCCAAAUAUUUUUAAAAGAAUGAAAGACGGCGGGUAUUUUUGAAAAAAGAAAAACAUUUUCCUACAGAUGUUCAAGCGGAACAAAAGUUGGGUCAUACUGCAGAUUUUGAGUUAAAAGCUGUUGAAACUGUUAGGACUGUUAGGGCCCAGUCCCCUUAAACACUCAGCAGUUUAGUUUGGCUAUUUAUUAACCUCUGUAUUGUCGCAAAUGUCGCAUAUCCAUGAGGUUUUGGCCGUAGAAUAUCGUCUUUGAAGUGUACUAAAGAGUUUAAAAGUCGGGCCCUUCUUAGGGUCCGUAACCCCUCAAGACUGUAGCAAGCCACCACCACUAAUUUAAUGUAAUUCUGUUUCUAAGGACUAACUACAGGCCUCAAACUUAGUGGCUUCCACUAAAGGCAUGAGGGUGUCCUAGACAUCUUGACAAAGAAGAAGUGCAAUGAAAGGAGAAGGCAAACUGCUUCCUUUCUAGCCCGAAGAGGAUUUUUAAAAUACAAAAGAUUAAUUGAGAUGAGCUUAAAACCGGUAGUUUCUUGCGUUCUUUACUACAUAGCAGUUUAGAUCAAAUAAGCUGUAACAUUUGCUUUUGGUUUCGUUAAUGUAGACUGGUUGAGUUGGAUGUUUACGUCAAACGAAAAAAGGCUGCUUAGCUGCUUCCCGUACAAAUGUCCUCUAUAUUGUGAUAAUUUGCGUUACAAUGUUAAUUUAAAAAGCACUUUUCGCUGACAUUUUUUUCCCAAUAUUUUCCGUAAAUAGUUAACACGAGGCAAAUGUUAAAUGUUGAAAAGAAAAUAAUAUGAUAGCACACGACUAAUGCAUCACAACAAAAAAAUCCCAGUCACGUUUUCCAUUAUCGUGAAACCUUAUCCUCUUUACGUUAGAGACAACGAGGAACAAAAUUAUCACGUGGUCAUGCCUGUUGUUUGUCUCUUACCCUAGACGUCAGCUUAACAUUAACCUAUGUUUAGACGGAAAUACGUAAAUCUUUCCUUGGAAAACUUUUUUUUUACUUUUUUUUUCUUAGAUCCUAUUUACUAACAAAUUAACUGUCCCAUCCAGUGGCAUAAUCGGUUUCUGGCAAAUUUCAAAUAUUGUUUCCAUUACAAAACAACUUCUUAGCAUGACCUAGCACCGUUAAUUUCUGUUCAUAUGUAGUCCAACUGAAAAGUAUCAUUAUUGUCCAUCUGAUCACGUUGAUUUGUAAUAAAUUCAAGGAAAUGAGCCGCUCAUUUCCUUGAAGUCGUUACAAAUCAACGUGAUCAGAUGGACAAUAAGUAAAAAGCUUCUUUUUUAGUAUAUCUAAAUUUCCAGCUGAAAGUAAUAGGAUUCAUGGCCCAGUUCUAAAUUUCAAAUUAAAGGACCAGGCACCUUUCAACUUUCAAGCAGGAGGAUGUUCAGUUUUCAAAGAGCAGUUCUAGGUUAUGAAGUAAUUCACCAGAUCACUGAUUCACUUGCCGGAAUCAGUUGUAAUUGUCAUACAUUAUUGUCGAGUAAAAAUAAAUUUAUCCUUUCUAUUCCCUUUAUUGCGUUGAGAGGGUGCCAUGGGUCAAAACAACAGCAAAACGUACAACAAAAUCAGCAUAAUCUUAUUGUUUAUGCCUUUCCUAAGCAUGAUGACCAUCAGAUUGUUACGAAAAAUUAUAAGCAAUAAGUAUGCACUAAGAUUGAUAGAACAUUAUCUCAUUGUUUGUGUGUUAAUUAAGUUUGCUGAAGAGUAAAAAAUAAAACAAAGUCAGAUUUUGUUUUUUCUAUUUUAUUUUGUUAAUUGUCC